AAUCUUUCGGCCCUCCUCGUUAUCUUCAGCGUUCACCACAGCUCAUGUUGGUGGCUGUCCAGUGCCAAGCAGUGCCCAUUUAUUUCUGUCGCACUUGGUUGCUUCACUCACACCACAUCUCUCGCGCGAUGGCGGCGUCGUUGCUGCCUUUCCGUUCCUGCUGCUCGCCUCCCGCCUUCGCUACGUCACCCUCCGGCAGGGAGUUGUCGUCCUGUGAAGCUGUUAAUUAUGUCAGCGCUUACUUUCCAAGAAAUCGCCGAAAGCAAAGGUUUUGUCGCACAGUCCGUAAAGUUAGUGCUGUUGCAGUGCCUUCCACGGAGGAACUCAAAGAGUACUCUCUGCCUACUUGGUCUGAAUUUGAACUAGGAAUGGCUCCUGUGUUCUGGAAAACCAUGAACGGCCUUCCUCCUACUUCUGGAGAAACUUUAACACUCUUCUACAAUCCUGCUGCAACGAAUUUUUUUCCAAAUGAUGAAUAUGGGAUUGCAUUUAAUGGUGGAUUUAAUCAGCCUAUCAUGUGUGGUGGUGAGCCGAGAGUAAUGACGAGGAAAAAUCGUGGGAAAGCUGACCCUCCAAUUUUUACUAUCAAGAUACGUGUUCCUAAACAUGCUGUUAGCCUGAUUUUUUCGUUCACAAAUGGAGUUGACUGGGAUGGUCCAUACAGACUGCAGUUUCAAGUUUUAAAGAUGUGGCAGAACAAACCAAUAAGCUUUUUCAAUGAGGGUCUAGCAGAAGAAUUGAGUGCAGAAGGUGCCUGUGACAGAGCAAUCUUUCCAGAUUCAAACAAUGUGAUUGCAAGUUGUGCAAUUGGCCACUUGUACUCUGAGGGAGGAAAUCGCUGCAAGUUGAACCUUGUCCCGGGCUGCAUGGAUCCAAGCUCCCCAUUGUUCGAUCCUUUAGCAAAUGUGGAUGAUGGGUCUUGUUCAUUGGACUCUGAUUCAGAAGAAUAAUAUUGUCCACUGAUAGUCAACAGUUCCUGGUAAGAACUGUGAUUGAGAAGUGAAUAUUUGAGGUCUGCUCAAGAUGUAUAUACCAAUUAUGCUUGGACGCUACAUUGUUUAUGCUGCAGCUUUGGUUCCCUCAACACAGUUGAGAAUCUCUCUCUCUCUCUCUCUCUCUCUCUCUUUAAGGGUAGAUGCUCUUGAUUUUAAACUU